UGGAGCCAAACGGUCAAGACGCGGAGCUCCGCUGAAAAAAUAAACCAAAAUACACAAGGAGAGAGCAAAGGGAAAGAAACUACAAAAUCGCAGCCCAAUUCGCGCUUCGUGGAAAAGAAAAAAAAAAGUUGGCUAAAAAAUAAUUGCACAGGGUUCAGCCAAAUAACCCGAAAACAAAAACCAACCAAAGUAAAAAGUGUUUAGAAAUGCCAGUUAGGCAAAUACGCCAAUUAUGGGCUCCCUGAGGCGAAAGAAGGAAAGAGACAGGGCCACUCUGGCUCUUCCAUGUUGUUGUGUGUAAUGUGUGAAACGAUUUUCCUCCUCCAACAAUUUUUUUUUUGGCAAUAUGCAUGGGGCAUGUAGAUACAGCCAAGAACAGGCCGAAAUAGAGCUAAGGGCUCUUCUUUAAAUUGGUUACAGAAGGAAAAUACAAAAAAAAAACAGAAACCGAAACACUAAAAGAUGAGGGUUAAAUUUUGAGGCAAACCACCAAGGAAAUAAUAACCUUGAAGGCUUCUGGCCAAGGCUCUCCAAAACUCGAACUGUUCGAGGGCUCGCGUACAACAUGGCGUAUGCUUAAUAAAACCAAAAUAAUCGCAAAUAUGAAAACAUGUGCAACAAAGUGUGCGUACGCGUGUGUGGGUGCCAAAUAAAAUAUUAAGCAAAUAAAUAAGCGUUUCGAGACGACUCCUCCACUCUACGCGAUUCCCGAUGACGCAUUCGAGAAGAGUAGGGCAGAAGGUUAAAUUACACAAAACGUCAAAUUCGCCACGUACGACAGUCGUUUCGGAGUCGCCAGUCCGAAAAUCGGUUUCGGUUUCGGACUCCUCGGUCGGGAUACGGAGUAUCCAGAUUAUAGGCGUGCAGAGAGCACAACCUAUAGAGCACAUAACAUUACCAAAAAACUUUCCAACUACCGCUUACCAAAGAUUUAUAAAAGAAAUACAACAUAUGCAAAUAUAUAAUAAUCUAAAAAACAAGCCUUAAACAAAGUGUCUCUGUUACGGGAGAAAUAUCAAGAAAAUAUUAUAAAGAUUUACUCAACCAGAAAAUGUGCCUAGCUCUCUGAGCGAGGGAGAAAGCUUGGGGCCGAGAGAAAGAUAGAGAGCAGAGCACCCCCAAUCCGAAAUUCACCACGAUAAAAUACAACAAAGGAGCCAAGAAGAAGAAAAAAACAGAAAAAAAAUACUUUCACUCUCGCCACAACGUGGCGGCAUCGAGAGGCAGGAAGCGCAUAGAGUGACAAACAGACAAACAGACACACACACAGACAGACGGACGGCGCUGGAAAACUCAAAGGGAAAACUUUUUGCAUGCCACAAGCAGCAGGAGCCCCACAAUCAGCAUCAGCUGACUGCUGCAGGAAGCCUGGCAGCGGGACAACUGUGUUGCGGACAGGACGAGCAUCCUGUCCAGUUGCCAGCCAUUCAAUAGAGGCCUCCUCCAUCCGCAGGAUCCUCUCACCAACACACACACACACCGCGCCCAAGCAAACGGCACUCUUAAUGUAUCCUUAGAAUUCCAAACAGCUCCAGCAGUGUAAUGCGCCUUGGGGGCAGUGGCAUUCCAUACGACGGCGACCCCCUGACAAUGAGCGCAGCUGGCAACGACUAUGCCGAACUCUGUGAUCUUGGACCCUCGCGAUGGAGUGCCCGACCCUACGGAUACAAUGCGACCGCAGCGGCAGCCGCCGGCUUUGGCCUUGGGCCCAACAUGGGCGGGACGCAGUCGUCAUCGAGCGUGCCCACGGGCGGUUCAUCGGGCCUCAGUGGUCACCACCUGCGCGGUAGUGGAGCGCCGGGUCCGAGCAGCUUCGAGGCGGAGGACAUUGGUCUGGCCUUCGGCAUGAUCAGUCCACCGCCGGGCAGCGGACCCUACGGCGGAUCGUCGGCGGCAGCGGCGGCGGCGGCGGCGGCGGCCGGAGGAUCACGCGUUGGCAACAGCACCAGUUCGCUGCGCGGUGCCGGCGGUCGAUCCGGACUCUAUUACUCGCCGCCGGGCACCUCCUACACGAUCAUCGAGCGCCCCCACUCGCCGCACUACUACUUCAACUCGGCGGGCGUGCCCACGAAGGGCGGUUCGCUGCCGGGGCGUGGCAGCGCGUAUCUCAGCUCCUCACCCGCCAGCCACAUGGCCGCUGGAACGGCGGGCACCCUGCCCACCUCGACGGCGGCCAGCGGACGGUCGAUGGGCCAGCACGCCAGCAGCAAUGGCAACAAGAAGCGGCCCAUCUCGCCGGAGCAGGUGCUCCGCAUGUUCGGCGCCACCCAGUCGUCAUCAGUUCCUACGAGUAGCUAUCACUACAGCAACGGCGGCACGCGGGAUCGGGAUCGCACCGGCAGGCGGAGCCCCGCCAGCAGUCCGCCCUCCACCACCCACCAGAUUUAUCGGGAUCGGGAGCGGGAAAGGGAUCGCAGUGUCCCGAAUAUCCACGAACUUACGACGCGAACCGUUUCCAUGUCGCGCGACCAGCAAAUCGAUCAUGGAUUCGGCAUUUGCGUCAAAGGAGGCAAAGACUCAGGCUUAGGCGUCUACAUCUCACGCAUCGAGGAAAAUUCGGUGGCCGAGCGCGCCGGUUUGCGACCCGGUGAUACAAUCCUAGAGGUGAAUGGCACCCCCUUCACCUCAAUCAAUCACGAGGAGGCGCUGAAGAGAUGUGUGCAGAUAUUGAAAUCGUCACGUCAAAUCAGUAUGACGGUGCGAGCGCCGCCCACUCUGAACUCGACCGCCCCGCUCCACGGCUUCGGUCCGCCCUCCCGCGACCCCAUGUACGCGUCGAUGGCACCCCCCCUCCACCCACAGAACCAGGCGGCAGCAGCGGCGGCGGCGGCGGCGGCCUCCGGGGCGGGUCUGCCCUUCCGCCAGACCUGCUCCUGGAUGGACCGCCACGGACGACCCGCCUCCCCGCCCAUGGAGUACGGGGGCAGGCGCAGCGAGCGACGGGAUCGGAUACGUCGUGUGGAGCUGCUCAUCGAGCCUGGUCAAUCUCUGGGCCUGAUGAUCCGUGGCGGCGUGGAGUACGGCCUGGGUAUCUUCGUCACUGGCGUGGAUAAGGACAGUGUGGCGGAUCGAUCCGGACUAAUGAUCGGCGACGAGAUCCUCGAGGUCAACGGGCAGUCCUUUCUCGAUGUGACGCACGACGAGGCGGUGGGUCAGUUGAAGUACCACAAGCGCAUGUCGCUGGUGAUACGUGACGUGGGCAAGGUGCCGCACUCCUGCACCUCCAUCGAGAUGGAGCCCUGGGAUGCCUACAGUCCAACGGGCACAAGAGCACGCCGAAAAGGUCAAAUUGCGACCAUGGUGGAGGAGAAGGCGCGCUCUCUGCUGCCCCGUCAUCACUUUGCAAGCCUUUCCUACUAUAUCGCCGAAUAUAGUGCGAAAGCAAUGACCAUAGAUGCCUUUGUUGCCGUCUUAUUAGAGAUGUUAGAUACGUACGAGAAGCACACGCUAGUGACGGAAAUACGGGAACUGGUGUUCCCCGAGGAUCGCACGCGAUACGAUGAGCUCGUCUAUCGCAGAGAACGCGAUCCUUAUAGCGUGGAUAGGCAUAGGCGUAAGGGAGACCCCGCCCGUGAUUUGCCGGUAACAGCCGACGAUUUGGAAAUAAUAGCCGCCACCGGACGGAGUCCUUCGUCGGACUCGGGCCUGGGCAUGACCGUAACGGAUAUACAUAAACGACCCGCACUACAGUUGCCCCAUCGGCCCAUGUCGGCGGGACCCAUACUGCAUCGCUCACAGCCAGCAUCACAUUAUCAGACAGCAAGCAACCAGUCCUCAUCAUCAUUAUCGCCUCCACAACAACAACAACAGCAGCAACACCAGCAGCAACAUCUGAAACAGCAGCAACAUUAUCCACCCCAUCAUGCCUCAUUGCGUCAUCUGGGCGGAAUCGGAGGCAACGUGGGAUCUGGUCGUCAUCAUCACUAUCCGUUGGGACCAAGUCAAUUGAAAUUCAAGCAGGCCAAAGACAAUCAGCAACAGGAAUACGGCUGUGAUGAGCACAGAACUCGCCGGGGUAGCGAAACCCUUUUACCGGAAUACGAACCAGAUGCGGAACAGGAGUUGGCCACAAAACUCUCACGAAGUUUCGAUAUGAAGGAAGAAGGCGGCACAUUGCUGGGCGAUAAAGGUGUACGAAGGCAUCAGUCCAUGCAGCGUCUGUCAGCGGAGCAGAAUGGUGGUUCAACGACUGAACAAACACAUGAACACAAUCCAAACGUCGUACCUGAUCAUAGAGGCAACUUACACAUUACAGUUAAGAAAACCAAACCAAUUUUAGGUAUUGCUAUCGAAGGUGGUGCUAAUACAAAACACCCGCUCCCUAGGAUAAUCAAUAUCCAUGAAAAUGGUGCAGCAUUUGAAGCGGGCGGCCUAGAAGUCGGGCAACUCAUACUGGAGGUAGAUGGAACCAAGGUGGAAGGUCUACAUCAUCAGGAGGUUGCUCGACUUAUAGCCGAAUGCUUUGCUAAUCGUGAAAAGGCUGAAAUAACCUUCUUAGUUGUCGAAGCAAAAAAAUCAAAUUUGGAACCGAAGCCGACGGCGCUGAUAUUUUUAGAAGCCUAACAUUUGCUUGCCCUGCCGGCCAGUGACCCAUUGGAACGCCAAAAGCUGGAGUUCCUCUACGAAUGGGGCAUCGAUUUAACGGAGACGCCAAAACCAAUGCCAACACCAAUACCGCUAACGAAAGCCAAGAAUCCGCCGCCACUGCCGCAUGAGAUGCACAACAACAUCAGUGCCCAUUAUGGUGGCAGUGCGGCGAUCAGCAAUCAUCAACCUCAUCCGCAUACGCAUCCGCAUUCACACACUCACCAGCAGCAGCAGCAUCAGCAGCAGCAGCAACAACAGCAGCAGCAGCAGCAACAGCAGCAGCAGCAGCAGCAACAUCCAAACACCAAAACGCCCAACACGAACAACAACACACAAGCAACACCAACCGGAGGAGCAGCAGCAACAACUGCGACCAAGCAACAACAACCACCGGGAAACACCAACACACCAACAAAAGCUUCGCGUGAGGCAACUCCCACAAGGGAUCAGCAUCAGCAACAUGCCACGCCCACACGCGAACAUCAGCAGCAAACGCCCACCCGCCAGCAGCAACUGCAACGCGAACAACGCGAGCAGCAGCAACGCGAACAGCAGCAACACCAACGCGAACAGCAGCAACAUCAUCGCGAACGGCAGCAACAUUAUCGCGAGCAACGCGAACAACGCGAGCGGGAGUACCAACACGAACACGAACAUGAACAACACCACCACCAUGAACAACACCAUCACCAACACCAUCGUGACCACCACGAGCAACACCAACAACACCAACAACACCACCACCACCAUCAUCAUCAUCAUUCAUCUGGAUCACAGCAGCAACACCAACGCUACAGCAGCAGCAACAGCUACAAAUCUCAUAAUAAUUCCGUUUACCAGUAAGGAGAAACCGAGAAACAAGAGUCAAAAAUGCAAUUCUAGCAAUUGGAGCAACAAUUUUUUGGAAACAUUCUUUCAAAACUGCAACAGCAAUUCAAUCAGUAAACAGUUUAAUUGUGCUACCUAUGUUUAAAACAUAAAAUAAGACCUCUGCCCCUCAUGCACGCCUCUUUCUUCACUGAACACAACGCGCUUGACAGAAUAUAAAAACGAAAUUGAACCAAAAAUAUUCCGGCUUUGUCCCAAUUAAACUGUAUUCUAUGAGUCACCUUAUCCCGCUUAAGUAGGCCCCCUAGAAAUGUGUUUAUUUGUUGUAGCUGAAGAGAUGCCCUAACAAAAAAAUGUUCAAAGAAAAUGAAGUCUAAGAGACCUGUUUGUAAGAAAUCCUUUAUAAGUUCUUCUUUUUAUGUUAAAUAUAUUGAAUGAUUUCAGAAAUAUCAAAAGUAAAAUUUUAACACUGCCGAGGUUAAAGUAAAAAAAAAACCAGGGCAUCUCUCUACCUCACUUGGCUUUCCGUUCUGCAUAUGUGUCUCCCUACGAAACUAUCCUAAUACUAGAACCAAGAACCACUCCGAUCCUCAACUAGAAUAUCCAGUGACAAGACCUAUCCAGAACUUAGGUAUCCUAAGAACCUCUAUCGAACCACGCGCUAGUCGAAUUGUGUAAAUCUGUGUAAACUCUAAAACAUAUUAUUGUAUGAUUAUUAUUACUAUUGAUUAUCAAGCGAGCAACGUAGCUUAGACCGUUAGUCAUUACUUGUUUAAACUGGUGACAAGACAACAAGUUUUGGUUCACGAGAUUACUGUAAGAGCAAUGUUAUUUGAUGAUAAACCCACAAAAGCCCCCAAGGAAAAGCAACCACAACCCAAUAAGGCAUACAUUAAGAAAAUCAAGAGCUUAAAGUGUUUAAAAUGAACAAGUAAAAUAUCUAAAAAUCCCUUAAACAGUAAGCGAGAAGAAGACGAUGCAGAGAUGAAAUAUGAAAACAAAGAUUAAAGGCACAGACACUGUAAAAUAUAAAAAUAACCAGAUAACUAGUAACGAAUUAUCGCUUUUGUUAGAUUCAAACACACACUAACACACAAACAUACACGCAUGCACGGCACUCACACACACACACACGCAUGCAUAUUGCCAAAUUGAUUGUAUUUACAGCAGCAAAUUGAACAAAACUAAAAGUAAACCAACAACAAACAAAAAUGAAGCCCACCUAAGCAAAAAGAUAAUUUGUAAAAAUUAAAAAUAAUCUUAAAAUUAAAUCACAAGAAAUGUAAAAAGCUAUAAAUAUAUAUUUAAAGAAGGAAGCCACAAACACACACACACACGAUAACACUUACACUAACACCCACUCAGAAAUAAUUAGCCCAAAAAGCGCAUCAAUUCUAAAUUUUAACCAAAAUAUCAAAUUAUACAUAUACCCGCAGUGUUGUAAGGUUAAUCGAAGUUUCUAAAUUUUUCCAUCGACUGAAAUUCUCUUAUGUUCAAUUGGAAUUUAUUUCUAGACUAUAAUUAUAGUCCAUCCAUCAUAUUUCUUGAUCAAUCUGACAACACCGCAAGGCAUAUCCCUGUUAUUAGUACAACUUAAACUGCACACUGCACAAUUUUUGAAUGUUUGUUAAAUGUUUUAAAGAGCAAAAGCCGACACCAGGAAAAUCCGCUGCAAAAUUGUAUUCUCCUCACCACAAACUAACUAAGGAAAAUCCCUCGCACCCCAAAUCGAUCCCAAGAACCAACUCCAACCGUGAAAAAAUGGUAAACGAAUUAUGAAACUGCUAGGGCAGAAGGACAUCUAUGUCUGCUCUGCCACUAAAAAUGCAAAAAUAACAUUAACGCUGUAGAGACAAGGAGAAAUUAACGCUUAAAAUUUGAGGUUGAUUGGCAUUAAGUAAAAGUUAAACGAUGUUGAAGCAGGAAGAGCCGAGCCGACAGGGCGCGAUCACGAGCAAGUAAAAAAUUAUAUAACAACUUAAAAAACAGGCACGAUGAACAACAGAUUGUGCUGACUAUAACUUCAUACGUAUUGUGUAAAAUAUUAGCAAAGGACGAAUUCCUUUUUAUAGAUCAAAAACAAAAAAAAAACCAACGUAUUUUUCGCUCUCUCUAUCUUUCACUUUCGAUUAUACGAUCUACGAACUACGAUCUACCUAUUAUAUCUGUCACUCACUCAUUCAGUCAAUCGUCCAGUCAAUCGUUUCGGCAAGUUUGUUGAUUUCGUUUGUUGUGUGUGAUAGUGUUUGGAAUAAAAUGAAACUUUUGCAUGUCACAAGAGCAAUUUGUUCACCCUAAGUCCCCCAAAAAAGUUAACUUUGUGUCUAAUGAUAUGUAUAGGGCAUGGUUCCAAUGCCGGGCUUGUUUUUAUCAUCUCAAAUCUACGAAACGACAACUAUUCCUCUGCUUAACUCUCUCUUAUUAACUCUCUUUAUGUAUGUGUCUGUGUGGAAAGUAAAUAUACAAAAUUAUUAAAAUUGAAAUUGAAUCGUUAUAUGAGAUAUUGUACUUGUAUUUUUGUUGACUAUUAUGUAAUUAAACGCUUUACUGAAUAUCGGUUAUGUACAUUUUUUAGCUAAAAGUAAAAAUUAAAAACUAAAUUCAAGCAAAGAAGCUUAUGCUGUUACUUAUUGUUAGUGAAUUUACCACAAAAAAGAAUGAAACAAAAAUCUAAGAAAACCAAAAAACUCAAGUUAAAUUUUCAAAAAUUUAUAAAAACUAUAAAAUCAUUUUGCAACGUUCAUGCGUGACGAAACGUAUCAAGGGGAUUGCCUUGUGGACGCACUUACGCCUUUGUAUAUUGCGAUACAUUUUGAUGAGAAGGCUUAACUUAAACUUUGAGAACUACCAGAUAAAUAUCUAUUUAAUAUACAAGCAACAUAUAAAAAUAUACCGUAUAUAAAACGUAUGCUAAACUAUAUCUAAAUUGUAAACGACAAUGAGAAGCAAUUUUAAGCAAAAUGAAGAAACCAUUUCAAUUUCAACUUCAGUACCCCCACAUGCAAACACACUCGGAUGAUGAAACCAUUUAUGUGAAUUAAUAUGUAUAGAACUAUAUAUAUAACUAUGAUUACAAACAGCAACAAGGCUAUCUAUAUGCUAUGCUAAUGAAAGGGUAAACGGCAUUUAAACUCAUUCAACAAAAACAAACAGAAACCGCAUCACACGGGAAAGAAAUGAAAGCUUAUAAAUACCAUAUAGAACCGUAUAUGUACCAUACCAUAUAGAUCCAUAAAACCAUGUACCACGUAAAUAUCGUAUCGUAAAUAGCAAUAGCAGUUAGUUAUAGUUAAUACGGAUAGCUAUAUUACCGAAUAGCAAAGCCUCAGCCGAAGCAAACUUGUUGUACGAUUAAGAUUGAGCUAGACUUUUAACCAGAGAUAAUCCAACUUGUAGAUAUAUCGAUAUAUCACAUAUAAAGUGUAUGAUUGUGUAUAUUACCGGUUAACAAAAGAACUCUUAUGAUUUCCAGGUCUCGCUUUUGAGUUGAUCCUCCUUAAGGGCCCCAACAAAUAUAUAUCAAGUCCCCAAAACCCUUAAUGCAUUCAGACCAGACCACAAAAAAAACCAACAACUAACUACAACCAAAACAAACUGUGCCACCUAGUACAUACAUAACAAGAAAUGCUCACUUUUAUAUUUUUUAUCAUACAUACAUACUUAUAUCGAGAAAGCUAAUGAAAGGACACAGAAUGAAGCACCGUAAGAACCACUGAACCACAAAACCGAACAAACAUAGAAAAAUUCUCAUACCCAAAAGAAUAUAUUUAUAUAUAGUGUACAAGUUCUAUAUGCCUAGAUAUUCGUUCCAUUGCUUUUUAGAGCCAAUUUGCUUUGCUUGCGAGACAAAAUCCCCUGGAAAACCCCAUACUUCAAUUUUAUUUCCACCUCCGAACCCAUUCAAAAUGACAAUUAGGAACGAUAACACCAGGCAUAAACGCAAAAGAUCGAGCUAAACUAGUGCUUAGUGUUUAAAUAUAAACAAUUUCAAUAAAGGUAUUUCAGUUGUGUAUAUUGUAAAGAACAAUUAUAAAUGAACAAAUAUAAAGUUAAACAUUUAAAAAAUAAUUCAACAAUUUAUUGAAACAUUAAUAAAAUAAUUGUAUUUAUCAAAAUUAAUACAAAACAAAUCUAAGGCAUUAGCAUAGCAAAAGAUAAUGGUAUACAUAAAUUGAAAUGAAAAUGAACACAAAAAGCGCUGAUUUAAUAUUAUAUUAUUAAUUAUAUUAUUGCAAACAACAAAGUGAAAAACAAAUGAUAUUGUCCUUGGUAUUUACAUAUACAUAAAGAAAAACAGCAAAAAACAAGAAAAAUAAAAAGAAAACGUUUUUUUAUAUAACCGA